AUCAUUUAAUUCUUGUUCCAAAAAAUGCUGAUGUUGAUUUUAUUAACAAUAUUAUUAUGAGUUUAUUUCUAGGUAAUGCGACUAAAUAUUUGAGUGCAAAUUCAAUUGAUAAGACAUUCGAGGGCUAUAAAUACAAUUACGAAACUUUCUACUCUAUUGAAUUUUUAAACAAUUUAAAGAUGAGUGGCAUUUCUUUAUACAAAUUGUUAUUAAAAAUUGGUACCCCAAUUAUGCUUCUUCAUAAUCUUAGCCUUGCAGAAAGUCUAUGCAAUGGGUUAUGCUUAAUUUGUUAUGCUUUUACACAUCAUGUUAUUGAAGCUGAACUUAUUACAAAAAAAUAUACUGGAACCCGAGUUUUUCUUUUUUGCAUUGUUUUUACUUCUGUUGCCAAUUUAUCUUUUAUUCUAAAGUGUCAUCAAUUUCUUGUACAUCCUGUCUUUGCUAUUACUAUUAAUAAGGCCCAGGGGCAGACUCUAAAUAGCAUAGGAGUUUAUUUACCAACUCCAGUAUUUUCUCAUGGCCAACUUUACAUUGCUUGCUCAAGAGCAACCUUUAGGACUAAUCUAAAAAUUAUGCUCACAGAUCACUAUACUGAAAUAGGUCAUACACAAAAUACUGUAUAUCCUAAAGUGUUAUUAUAA